AUGAUUAAAUUUUUUUUUUUUAUUUAUAAAAUUAAAAAAAAUGAAAAUAAUGAUGAAGAAUUAGAGUCAGAUGGCCAAUAUUAAGAUGCUGAAGAAUAAAAAGAAGGUAUUUAAUAAAAGUAAAAUUAAAAAACAGGCGAAGAAGGCGAAGAAGGCGAAGAAGACGAAGAAGAUGAAGAAGAUGAAGAAGAUGAAGAAGAUGAAGAUGAAGAAGAUGAAGAUGAAGAUGAAGAAGAAGAGGGAAAAAAAUUAAAGAAAAAUUAAAAUAUAAAAAAAAAAUUAAAAUUAAAACGAGGAUUUAUCAAACACUGUUUUCGUAUUACUGAUAUAGAUAUAGAAUUAAAAGGAAGAAGACUAGUAUUUUUAGAAGCUAAAAAAAAAAAUGAUAUUAAUAAAGUUAUGGAAGAUAAAAAAGAAAGAAAUAGAAUUACUUUAGAUAAGGUUAAAACACUAGAUUAAUUGGUUAAAUUUGAUAGAUAAUAAAAAAGAAAUCUUUAAUUAGCUACUAUAGGUAUUUUUGAAGUAGAAAAAAAUAUGAGUGAGGAAGAUAAGUAAAAAAGAAAAUAACAUAUAUAAGAAAAAUUAAAUAAAUUACAGAACCCAAAUAAUUAUAUAUCAAAAACAAGAAUUGCUUUAAUGAAUUUACCUAAAAAAUAAUUUGAAGAAGAAUAAUUAAAAGAAUUUACAAGAAAAGCUUUUUCUUAAUAAAAAGGAAAAGAUUUUUUACUCAAACAUAAUCCGAUAAAAUAAGUUCUUUUAUUAAGAGAUAAGUAGAAACUUGAUUAAAAUGGAGUACCAAAAAGUAGAGGAAUCGGAUUUUUGGAGUUCGAUAAUCAUGAAAAUGCCCUAAUAUUUAUGGAAUAUUUUAUAAAAGAAAAAAUCAAUUUUGAAAAGAAUUAUAAGAAAAUACCGAUUGUAGAAUUUUCUAUUGAAGAUGUAAGAAAAAUGAAGAAGAAAAACGAGAAAAAAAAAUUAAUUUAAAAAGAUAAAAUACAAAUAAAUUAAAAAGAUAAAAAAUAAAAGAAAUUAAUUGAUAAAAAUAAAGUUGAGGUUUCUAAAAUAAAAAUUUAAUAAAUUUUAGAUAAUGUAAAUGCACAAAAAAGUGAUAUGGAAAAAGCUAAAGAAAUUUUAAAAGAUAUUGGAUAAUACAGAGGAAUAAAAUAAAGAUUAAUGAAAAAAAUAAACUAGAAAUUUGGAAUAAAAUAAACUAAUAAUAAUAAAAAUAAUAAUGAUAAUAAUAAUAAAAAUAAUAAUAAUAAUAAUAAUAAUAAUAAUAAUAAUAAUAAUAAUAAAGUAAAUAAAUAAGGUAGUUCUAAAGAGGAAAAAAGAAAAUUUUUACUUAAAAAAUAAGCUUAAGAAGAAAAAGCUGAAUAAUAAAAUUAAAAAUAAGAAAAAUAAUAAUAAUAAUAAUAAUAGUAAUAUGAUGAUAAUGAUGAUGAUUUUGAAGGAAAUCCUUUAAUUUAGGCAGUCAAAAUUGAAUUGUAAAAGAAUAAAAAAAGAAAAUUAUAAGAAGAAGAUUACGAUGAACUUGAUGAAUUAAAUAGAUAAAAUAGAUGCUCUGAAGUAGUUUAAUUAUAUAAAACUUUUGUAUGCAUAAAAUAAGAUAUUAGCCUUAGGUUUAGAAACUUAAUAUUAGAAUCAAAAGGAACAUAAAUAUCUCUCUAAGGUCUUUAUGAUAAAAUAUUUGGUAGAGAUAAUUAAGAAAAUAAAGACGAUGAUUAAAAAAAACAAGAUAGUUAAAAGCAAUAAAAUUCUUAAAAUAAUUUUAUUAAUAAAAUCUUCAAUCGAUCUGGUGAUAUAUAAGAAGAAAAAGACAUCAAAACAAGAUUUAAUGAUGUAUUAGGUAUAGACGAAUUUAAAGAAGAACUUGUUGAACUUGUUGAUUAUUUAAAAAAUCCUAAAAAAUAUCAUGAAGCUGGUGCUAAGCUCCCUAAAGGGAUACUUUUAGUAGGUCCUCCAGGAACAGGAAAAACUUUAUUAGCAAGAGCCUUAGCUGGAGAAGCUGGAUGUUCAUUUUUUUAUAAAAGUGGUUCUGAAUUUGAUGAAAUGUUUGUUGGAGUUGGUGCUUCUCGUGUAAGAUAAUUAUUUAAAGUAGCUAGAGAAAAAGCUCCAUCUAUAAUAUUUAUUGAUGAAUUAGAUUCUGUGGCUGGAAGUAGAAGAAGUUCUGAUCCAUCCCGUUCUAGAGAUACUGUCAAUUAAAUAUUAGCUGAAAUGGAUGGAUUUAAAUAAACUGAUAAUGUAGUGGUUAUUGGUGCUACAAAUUUUGAGUAGGCAAUCGAUCCUGCUAUAAAAAGACCAGGAAGGUUUGAUAAAAUAAUACAUGUGCCAUUACCUGAUAUAAGAGGGAGGGAGUAGUUAUUUGGAUAUUAUUUAAAGAAUAUAAAAAAAGAAGAAGAUGUAAAGGCUAAAGAAUUGGCUAGAUAAACUAGUGGAUUUUCAGGGGCUGAUAUAUAAAAUAUGGUCAAUAUAUCAAUUUUAAAUGCGAUUAAAAAUAAUAGAAAUAUAGCUAAUUUAAUAGAUUUUGAUUAUGCUUUAGAUAGAAUUGCUAUGGGAGUUGGAAGGAAAAAUAUGUUUAUUACAGAAGAAGAUAAAAGAUCAACUGCUAUUCAUGAAGGAGGACAUACUAUAACGGCUUUAUUAACUGAAGGGGCUACACCUUUACAUAAAGUUACUAUUUUACCAAGAGGAGGGGCUUUGGGAUUCACUUCAAUGAUACCGGAAACUGAUAUGCAUAAUUAUACCAAAAAGUCUAUGUUGGCGAUGAUUGAUGUAGCAAUGGGAGGAAGAGCAGCAGAAGAUUUGCAUAUGGGAAACGAAAAUAUUACAACAGGAUGCAGUAGUGAUUUAAAUAAAGCUACUUAGUUAGCCUACUCAUUUGUUAAGUAGUUGGGAAUGAAUGAAAAUCUAACUCUUAUUUCUGCUAGUGAUAAAAUAAAAACUUCAGAUUAAUAUAAUUAUUUAAUGGAUGUGGAAGUUUAAAAAAUUUUAAAGGAAUCAUAUGAAAGAGUAAAAGGAUUAUUAAAAAAAAAUGAUAAAUAACUCAAGCUAUUAGUUGAAGAAUUAGUUAAACAUGAAACCUUGACAGUUGAGGAAAUUAAAAGAAUCGUUAAAGAAGGAAAAAAUAUUUAGAAUAAAUGA